AUGGACUCUGCGCCGCCUGUUGAAGAAGCUGUCUCACAAUCAGCAGACGGACUCCCACCCGAGGCAGUCGCUCUAGCCAGAAGAUUCUUUGAUGCGGCCAGGUCAGGUCAGAUAGAGAUCUUUGAGCAGGCUCUGCCACGUGGUUUGCCGGCAAACCUGACCAAUGACAAGGGUGAUACCCUGCUUAUGCUUGCAUCUUACCACGGCCACGCGCCGUUGGCCUCGCUGUUGGUAAAACAUGGCGCCGACCCCAACCGGUUGAAUGAUAGGGGGCAGUCGAUUCUGGCAGGCGUCGUAUUCAAGAACGAGCCGGAAGUCAUCGGUAUCCUUUUGGAUGCUGGAGCUGACCCCGAGAUGGGGCAGCCGAGCGCACUUGAUGCCACGAAAGUACAUGUGUACAAGAAACCCUACAGAGUUAGAAGUGGUGUCCUAACAUGCAUACAGGUCUUCAAGCAGGAAGCAUUUGAGCAGCGAUUCAAAGACCAGAUUGAGAAGCUGAAGGCUGCAAACACGAGGACCAUGAAUGGCAGUUCGUGGCAGAAAGCAGAAGGUUUCUCUACCUAA